AUGAACAAAUAUUUACCUAUUGAAUAUAUAAAACAAGAUGAAGAAAUACUAUCAUUUCUUGUUAUGUCAGCACGAUAUGAUAUAAGUUUAGAAGUGAAUGCAAAACAUUUUGUUGAAAAACUUAAAAAUUAUCAACAUUCUGUUGAUUAUUUUACUGUCACUGGUACACAUGGAACAAUUGCAACCAUAAAUUUACAUGAAUCAACAAGAUGUGCUUUACAUGAACCAGAUUUUUCAACAUUAUUUAAUGACGUUGAUUAG